AUGGCGGCGCCGCCCGAUUCUCCUUCUUCCUCCUCCAAAGAUGAAGUCCUGUACGCCCCUGAUGAAAUCUAUUGCACAAAAGGUACCAUAGCCACACAGCUGGCAAAAGAUCUAUCAGCCCCCGCCACAAAAAUAUUAGGGCCUUCUUUAAUGCUGACCACGACGACGAUGCAGGAGGCGGUGAAAAAUAACUUGUGCAGAUCCACAUUGGCCAGGAGAAAGUCCCUUCAGAGAGUCACCCUAACUCUACGUUCAGCAGGAGUCAUGGUUUGA